UUCCUAGCGGUAAGAUGGCGGCGGUCACAGGGUGUGAUGCGGUCAUGGCGGCGCCCGAGGGACCCGGCGAACCCGAGAGUGAGGAGGAGGAGGAGGAGAUGCGGAGAGAAGCAGAGUCGUUCAAGGAGCAAGGAAACGCAUACUAUGCCAAGAAAGAUUACAAUGAAGCAUACAACUAUUACACAAAAGCUAUAGAUACCUGUCCUAAUAAUGCCAGUUAUUAUGGUAACAGAGCUGCCACGCUCAUGAUGUUGGGAAGAUUCCGAGAAGCACUGGGAGAUGCUCAGCAGUCUGUCAGAUUGGAUGAUAGAUUUGUAAGGGGUCAUCUACGGGAAGGGAAAUGCCAUCUUUCGUUAGGGAAUGCCAUGGCUGCCAGCCGCUGCUUUCAAAGGGUUUUAGAACUGGAUCAUAAGAAUACGCAGGCACAGCAAGAGCUGAAGAAUGCCAGUACUGUGCUUGAGUAUGAAAAAAUAGCUGAAGUGGAUUUUGAGAAACGGGAUUUCAGGAAGGUUGUGUUUUGCAUGGAUCGUGCUCUGGAGUUUGCUCCUGCUUGUCACCGGUUCAAAAUCCUCAAGGCUGAAUGUUUGGCGCUGUUGGGUCGCUACCCAGAAGCACAGUCUGUAGCAAGUGACAUCUUACGAAUGGACUCGACGAAUGCAGAUGCUCUGUAUGUUCGUGGUCUAUGCCUUUAUUAUGAGGACUGUAUUGAGAAGGCAGUGCAGUUCUUUGUUCAAGCACUCAGAAUGGCUCCUGAUCAUGAGAAAGCAUGUCUUGCCUGCCGUAAUGCCAAAGCACUUAAAGCAAAGAAAGAAGAUGGGAAUAAAGCAUUCAAAGAAGGAAACUACAAACUAGCUUAUGAACUAUACACAGAGGCACUAGGAAUAGAUCCAAACAAUAUAAAAACAAAUGCCAAACUCUACUGCAACCGGGGGACAGUUAAUUCAAAGCUUAGGAAACUUGAAGAAGCAAUAGAUGACUGCACGAACGCAGUAAAACUGGAUGACACGUAUAUCAAAGCUUAUUUGAGGAGAGCACAGUGUUACAUGGACACAGAACAAUAUGAAGAUGCUGUAAGAGACUAUGAAAAGGUUUAUCAGACAGAAAAAACGAAAGAACACAAGCAGCUCCUAAAGAACGCACAGGUGGAAAUGAAAAAGAGCAAACGAAAAGACUACUAUAAAAUCCUUGGGAUUGACAAAAAUGCCUCUGAAGAUGAGAUCAAGAAGGCUUACAGAAAAAGAGCACUAAUGCAUCAUCCAGACCGACACAGUGGGGCAAGUGCAGAAGUACAGAAGGAAGAGGAGAAGAAAUUUAAAGAGGUUGGUGAAGCCUUUACCAUCCUGUCAGAUCCCAAGAAGAAGGCUCGCUAUGACAGUGGGCAGGAUCUAGAGGAGGAUGGAUUGAACAUGGGAGACUUUGAUGCAAAUAAUAUCUUCAAGGCCUUCUUUGGUGGGCCAGCAGGCUUCAGUUUUGAAGCUUCUGGGCCUGGAAAUUUCUUUUUCCAAUUUGGCUAAAAAAAAAAGAAAAAAACCCAAACAACAAAACAAAGCAACCCCACACAUACCUGAUCUGCUUAAUUUUAACCUUGAAUGUAGACAUACUUAGACUCCUUCCUUCAUUGUGUCUCAUUGUACUUAGAGCAAUUUCAUUUCUCUCAGUUGGAGGCCUCUGUUUUGUGUGCUUUUGUGUGUGAAGAGGAAACCAGCUUGGGAGGGGAAGGCUUGUGAAUGUUGUUUUACUGUUAACUUUAUUAAAAACCAACAAGCAAAAAAGCUUUGAAUCUUUUGAUUCCUCCAUGCUGGCCCCUACUUUCAGACUGUUCCUGCUUCUUCAGCUGAGGGGAUUUCCCUGAAGUCUUCUUGGAAUCUCAACUUGUGAGAGUGAAAUCUCCCCCUUUUGUUUUGGUUGGCUCUGAAGCAUGGUAUGGCAGCAUGUUGGGGGUUUGUAGUAACUUGUCAGUUACCCUCGUCUUCUGAAAAUUCUGCUGAAAUUCAAUCAAGUUCCGUACAAUCACGUUUUACCUACAUUUUAUCUGUCUUUGUUUUCUCUUUUUCUUUUUUGUCAUGGUUCUACCGGGAUGGUACGUUUGGGUAUUUUAACUUAAAUGAGAACGUGUGAGCUUAAUUUUUUUUUUUUUUUUUUUUUAAUCAGAGAAAUGCUUCUUUGAAUUUAAAAGAGCAGCUUCUGUGAGAAUUCCCUGUGAUGCAGCUAGAAUUAAGGGCUUUGUGUUUCUGCUCUGAGAAUUAUCCUAAAGGAAUAUUGAAUUUGCUCUGGGCUGAAUUUCUUCACCAUACUUCUUAAAAUUAAUUAAUCCACUUGAACAUUUAAUAUUUGUGUUAAGACUUGAUUUUGUUGAGCUUGAUGUUUGAUUCCAUAUUAUUUAUGAUUGUGGAUGAGCUCUUUCUCUGAAGAAAUGCAGAGUAACCUUCAGGUAAACAGUUGGAACAGUGACACUGUGCUCACAAUGUUUACAGUAACUGUACAAAUAUGUUAAACUAGUCUCAAGUAGUUUUCAACUAGAAGUAAUGUACUAGGUCCAAAGAAACAAGAAAAUGCCAAGUCAAACUCUGAACUGACUGAUCUGUCACAUGCUUCUCUUGCAAAAUGUCAGGACAAGUGCUGGAGGGAGGAGCUGAACCUGAGCCGCCUGCGACUGCCUCAAGGGGAGAAUGGCAGUGCGGGUUCUGCUGGUUAACGUGAGCACUGGUUUGUUUUUCACCAUAACUGUAGUGUUACAGCAAGAUCUGAGCUGAGAGAGAAGACUGCUUCCAGAAUUCUUCCUUUUAUCUUUAGAGUGAUGAACUAUUUUGGCUAGGUGCUUUGUUCGAGUUCAACACUGUAAAGUGGGUAAAGUGGUGCUGAAGCUCAGUGGUGGCCUCGGCUGGCAGAGCUUUAGGCAGCUUUACUCUGAAGGGGAUUGAGAAAAGAUGUGUUGGCAUCAGCAGAGACAGUGAGAAGAGCAGUGUCUCAUCUUUGAGCUGGUCUGUGGUAGUGUAAUGGAAAAGGUCAUGUUCGAUAAAUCACGAAAGAAUAGUUGUGCAAGGAACCGUUUAAAGUCAUUGUAAAAGUCUUGUAAAAUUUUAACCGCAAAGUUUCUCCAAUGUGCACAGGUGCAGUUGGCUAAGAUGCUUAUAGGAGGUACAAUAGGUUGCGCAUGAGCUGAUAAGAGCCAAAAGAAGAGUUCAUGAGCGGGCCACUAGAGGAAGACUACUGACUUCAUCCCAGCGACUACCCUACGACCACCAGGAGGCAGAAGAAGACCCCCUAGUAACAAGACGCGCACAUGCGCAGAGUACAUCAGGGAGCGGUGCACCGGACCCAUAAGGACUGUAUAAAAGGACUGUGA